AUGGCCGCUUCAGGUGCAGGCGGGGAGCAAGUCUAUGCUACGCUUCUUCUGAGCGAUUCCUACCUCCCUGGCGCCCUGGUUCUCGCACACUCCCUCCGCGAUGCUGGAACCCAUCGCAAGCUGGCCGUUUUGGUCACGCUCGACUCUGUGUCUGCCGACUCCAUUACCCAGCUAAAGGCGGUUUACGACUACAUCUUUCCCGUCCCGCGCAUUCGCAAUGACAACCCAGCCAACUUGUACCUUAUGAAUCGUGGCGACCUGCAUUCAGCAUUUACCAAGAUCAAUCUUUGGAAGCUCACGCAGUUCUCAAAGAUUGUCUACAUCGACGCCGACAUUGUCGCAUACAGAGCUCCCGAUGAGCUCUUCGAUAUCACCCACCCUUUUUCUGCCGCCCCCGACAUUGGAUGGCCAGAUCUCUUCAACACGGGUGUCAUGGUUUUGACGCCCAACAUGGGUGAUUUCUAUGCCAUGAUUGCAAUGGCUGAGAGGGGUAUCUCCUUUGAUGGUGCCGACCAAGGUCUCAUCAACAUGCAUUUCGGCAGCCAGUACAACCGCAUCAGCUUCACUUACAACGUCACUCCAUCCGCCCACUACCAAUACGUCCCAGCGUAUCGGCACUUCCAGUCCAGCAUAAAUAUGGUGCAUUUUAUUGGCGCCAACAAGCCAUGGUUUACUGGCCGAGACGCCCCUCGCGGGACCGAUCCCUUCAACGACAUGGUAGGGCGAUGGUGGGCAGUCUAUGACAGACACUAUAGGCACCAAGAGUCUGCUCCAGAAAAGGGGCCUCCUGCUCCCGAGUAUGUGCAGUACUUUACCAAGGGUGAAUGGCACCCUGAGCCGACACACGGGCAGCCACCUGCUGAUGAGCACCAUUCCCAUGACCAACAGGGCUCUUCGUCUGGUGGGCACCAUCCUGAGCAUCAACCGCAUCAUGAUGGGCAUGAUCAUGGACAUCAGCACCAUCUACAAGAUUCCGGGCAUCAUCAUGAACAACAUCAUGGCGAGGGCUCUCACGGUGAAGCUCCAGCUCCUGGUCCCCAGGGCGAACAAGCUCAGCAUGAACACCACUCGGAGCACCACGGCACCGAGCAUCACCACCAUGAAGGGGCCCCGCAUGUGCACCAACAUGUAGAACCAAAGAAUGAGCCUCCCCCUAUUACGAUGCACAGCUGGGAUGCUCAAAGACAACCGCCUCCCUCCGACUCGAAGCCUGAAGCGAUGAACUUCCCAUCAACACAUUAUGAGAUGUCCCAGGACACAACCCCGUUCGUCCCGCCCGAACGAUACCCGAGUCCGCCAAAGAAUAUGUGGUACGAGGUUCCCAAAGAGCCUCCUGCUCCGCCCACCAAGGCACCUUCUGAGAUUUUCCCUUGGGAGCGCAACCGACCACCCCCGACAAGAAGCUUUGCAGAGCCCCCUGCACCAGAGCCUGUCGUCGAGCCCACGCCACAGCCUUCGGUGGUGCAUACGGGAGGGCCUUCACACCAACCUCCAAGCCAACCUUCAUGGCAACCCUCGGGAGAACCUUCAGGGCAGCAUUCGGUACAACAGCCAGGACAACAGCCAGGACAGCCAUCUGGAGAAUACUCCAGAGAACCUUUGGUGGAAUCUUCGGUAGAAUCUUCCACGGGACCAUCUGCAACAACCGAGGUUCUGACUGAAUCCGCUGGAGUAGCUUCGUCCACGACUGAAGCAAAGAGUGAGCCAUCCACGCCAGUCACGCCAACCCUUCAGAUCAUUCCAUCAGAUCCCUGGACGUCAUUCACGCGUGUCAAUGCCUGGGAUGAGGUCCCAGAGAUUGAGCGUUAUGUUGAGGGUCUGCGCGGCCACCGACGUGGCAAGAGUUCGGGCUCCCUCGGGCGUAUCAAGAGCCCAUCAACUGCACCGUGGAGAGAUGACCGGGGUGGUGUGAGGCUUCGUGGUAUGAAGCUCACUGAUUUCCCCAGCGCAGCGGAGCGUCCGAGUUUGCCAGUGACACCAGCGCCGAUCCACCGGCAGUCAUUCUGGUCGGGAGAUGACACAGAACAUGGGGCCCAUGGAGGGGCAAGGCAGCUUCCGGAAGCUGAGGGGGUGCCGUCGCAGUCUGACUGGGAUCCAUUGGCACAGCUUCAGAAGUUGGCCAAGCAGCACGAUGUGUUGCUAAAGAAGCUCGGUGGUAGGGACGAGGGCGAGGAGCGAGAGAGCGGUGCGGGAGGUGUGAGUCGCGAGAUCCCAUCACGCCCAUUGCCCUUUGGUUCAGAGGAUAUAAAGUCACCUACUUAUGUUGCGCAGUCGGCCCCAGGAGUGCUCAGCCCCCAGCCGGUGAAAGGCGAGAGGUCGGCGAGCAUCCUGCGGGAGAUGAGCAGUAGCAGCGGCCUUGAAGCCACGACUACGACUUCGAAACCGUCAUCGAUCCCCGAGCCGAGCUAUUCAGGACCCGGGGCAGCAUGGGAGAGGGGAGAGGAGUUCUUGGAGCGCGAGACCCCAUUGCCACCCAAGGACGAGGACUUGGAUGUGCUCGAGACAUAG